AUGGCUGAUUUGAGUAACGAGGUAAAAAACCUAGACAUUAACGACAAUAAUGGUAAGGGAGGUUAUGUUCCACCUCAUUUGAGACGUGGUGAAGGUAGACGUACAAGAAAUGAAGGUAGCGGUCCAGUUGAUCGCGGGUCAUCUGGCGGAAAUAGAGGAGGUUUCUUCGGAUUUGACCGUCGUGGUGGUGGAAGAGGUGAUUUUUCCAGAGGUAGAGGUGGUUUCAGGAACGAUGGAGGUCCCAGACCAGCUGGUACUGGUAGAUGGGUAGACGGCAAACACGUUCCAGCACCAAAGAACGAGAGAAUGGAAAUACAGUUAUUUGGUGUUGCUGAGGAUCCGCAAUUUCAAUCUUCCGGUAUUAACUUUGAUAAUUAUGAUGAUAUCCCAGUAGAGGCUUCAGGUGAAAAUGUUCCUGAACCAAUCACCGAAUUCACUAGCCCACCAUUGGAUGAGUUGUUGUUGGAAAAUAUUAAGAUGGCGAGAUUUACCAAGCCAACACCUGUUCAGAAGUAUUCUGUUCCUAUUGUUGCUAACGGUAGAGAUUUGAUGGCUUGUGCUCAAACAGGUUCUGGUAAAACCGGUGGUUUUUUAUUCCCUGUUUUAUCUGAGUCAUUCAAAACAGGUCCAUCUGAAACUCCGGAAAGUGCCAGAGGAUCUUAUAUGAGAAAGGCAUUACCAACAGCAGUUGUCUUGGCUCCAACCAGAGAAUUGGCAACUCAAAUCUUUGAUGAGGCUAAAAAGUUUACAUACAGAUCUUGGGUUAGACCAACUGUUGUUUACGGUGGUGCAGAUGUCUACAGUCAAAUGAAAGAUUUAGAUCGUGGUUGUGAUUUAUUGGUUGCUACCCCUGGUCGUUUGAAUGACUUACUGGAGCGUGGUAAAAUCUCUUUGGCUAAGGUUAAAUAUCUAGUUCUUGACGAAGCUGACAGAAUGUUAGAUAUGGGUUUCGAGCCACAAAUUAGACACAUCGUUGAUGGUUGUGAUAUGCCAUCUGUUGAAAAUAGGCAAACUCUCAUGUUUUCUGCUACCUUUCCAGUUGAUAUCCAACAUUUAGCCCGUGAUUUCUUAAACGAUUAUAUUUUCUUAUCUGUUGGUAGAGUUGGUUCUACCUCAGAAAAUAUCACGCAGAGAAUUCUAUAUGUUGAAGAUGAGGAUAAGAAAUCUGCGCUUUUGGAUUUAUUAUCUGCUUCCAAUGAUGGCUUAACUUUAAUUUUCGUUGAAACGAAGAGGAUGGCAGAUCAGCUAACAGACUUCUUGAUUAUGCAAGAUUUUGCUGCAACUGCUAUUCAUGGUGAUCGUACUCAAGGUGAACGUGAGCGUGCUUUGGCCGCUUUCAAAUCUGGUAGAGCCAAUUUAUUAGUAGCUACUGCUGUUGCUGCAAGAGGUUUAGAUAUUCCAAAUGUUACCCAUGUUAUCAACUACGAUUUACCAGGUGAUGUUGAUGAUUAUGUUCAUAGAAUUGGUAGAACUGGUCGUGCUGGUAACACAGGUAUUUCCACUGCUUUUUUCAACAGAGGUAACAAAAAUAUCGCUAAAGGUUUGAUCGAACUUCUUACUGAAGCUAACCAGGAUUUACCUGAAUUUUUGAAUGAUGUAUCAAGGGAGUCCUUUGGCCCUAAAGGUGGCAGAGGCUUUUCAAACCGUUCAAGCGGCUCCAGAGACUACCGUAAACAAGGUAACGGUAAUGGUUCAUGGGGCGCUUCGAGAAGUGGCGGCACUAGCGGUGGCUGGGGCAAUUCCAGAUCAACCUCUGGCUGGGGCUCAAGCGCUGGUGCCGGUUCCGGCUCUGGCUCUGGUAACUCAUCAUGGUGGUAA